UAUUAUGAACAUUACGGUAGUUGAGGCACUGUUACAUGGGCUGAUUUCUAUAUCAGUGCGUAUACUUGGCCAUGUACAUACUCAAACACUCCACCAUAUUAUCGACUGGCGAUACAAGAGGAAUCUCAAGCAACAGUUUACGCCAACGUUUUGAAACUGAUAAGAGCUAAUGGCCCUCUCAGGCUGGGUGUGUUUGGUGACAGGUGCCUCUCGUGGCAUUGGAAGAGGCAUUGCCCUUCAGCUGUCAGAGGCGGGAGCUACCGUCUACAUCACUGGCCGCCAGGAGGAGACCCUGAAGGAAACUGCUGCUCAGGUGACGGAGAGGGGUGGGAACUGUGUGCCAGUUGUAUGUGAUUCUUCAAGUGAUGAAGACCUCAAAUGUCUAUUUGAUCAAAUCCAACGUGAGCAGAAUGGCAGACUGGACAUCCUAGUGAACAACGCCUAUGCUGGUGUACAGGCCAUUUUCACUAACAUGGGGAAGAAGUUCUGGGAAACCGAUCCAACCGUAUGGGAUUCCAUGAACAACAGUGGCCUUAGGGGACACUAUUUCUGCUCAGUGUAUGCUUCACGGAUGAUGGUGGCACAGGGCAGGGGCUUGAUUGUGGUCAUCUCUUCUAUGGGAGGGUUGAGGUAUCUCUUCAACGUGUCGUAUGGGGUUGGUAAGGCUGCGUGUGACAGGCUAGCUGCAGACACAGCAGUUGAGCUGAGAAGCAGGGGAGUGGCCUCUGUCAGCCUGUGGCCGGGAGCAGUUCAGACAGAGUUGAUGUCUCAACUCGUCAUUGAGAAGGAUGCUACACCGGACGUUGAUCCUAAGUACAGAGCCUUCUUUGCCAAUGGAGAAACCACAGAGCUGAGUGGGAAGUGCAUUGUUGAGCUGGCGAAAGAUAAAAACCUGAUGUCGCUGUCAGGAAAAGUGUUGAUGACCUGUGACCUGUCUAGGCGAUACGGAAUACAAGAUGUUGACGGCCGCAGUGUGACUGACUACACCUCCCUUAAAUUCCUCCUGACCCAGGUCCCAUAUCUUUCCUGGCUCUCCUCGAUUGUACCCUCAUUCUUCCGGGUUCCUCGGUUUGUUCUUACCCUCACCAACGGACGUUUCUGAGCCACCCCAAACUCCCCUGUGACACAUAGAUUACUGCAGUGUCAGUAAUCUACAUUUAUAUGGUGUUCCUAUACAUAGAAUACUAAAUCAUUUAUAAUUCUGUGUUCGUAUGCAUAAGAAGGAUCUGCACCAGUAUUAUGAAUAUUACAAGAGUUUAUAAGCUUGUUUGUGAUUAAACUUGCCUAUUGCCUCUGACAUACUUUGGGAAAUGCCCCAUACAGUACAUGUCAAAACCUAUGAGUGGAAUGGUAUCCAAAACAUCAAACACAUGGUUUCCAUGUGAUUGAUGCCAUUCCAUUCUCUCUGUUCCAGCCAUUAUUGUGGUCCUUCUGUAGCUCAGUUGGUAGAGCAUGGCGCUUGUAACGCCAGGGUAGUGGGUUCGAUUCCCGGGACCACCCAUACGUAGAAUGUAUGCACACAUGACUGUAAGUCGCUUUGGAUAAAAGUGUCUGCUAAAUGGCAUAUUAUUAUUAUUAUUAUGAUAUGUCCUCACCUUAAUUAACAGUUUAAACAAAAGGACUGAUAACUUUCUUUGACAAAAUGCUAUUUUUGAGGUGAUCAAAAUGAAGGUAUGCUGAAUUUUUUUUUUUUUUUAAAUGAAGGUAUGACUAUAACACUAUACUGAAUAUUUCAUCAUAUGAAGAGAAAUUCCAGCAAUGAUGUUUUGCUGCAUUUAAAAACACUAAGCAAAUGUGAAUGCAUUUUGUAAUACUGAUAAGUAAAUAAAAUUAUAUACAUUCCUAUA